UAGGACUCCCAUAAUGCAGGAGGAGCAGAUUUACCAUUGUUCCCAAUGUGGCAAAGGAUUUAACAGGCGCACCAGUCUGGUGACACACAAGAGGACUCACACUGCGCAGAAGCGCUUUGAAUGUCUUGAUUGUGUGAAAAGCUUCACUCGGAAUUCUGACCUGGUGAGACACCAGAGAACUCAUACAGGAGAGAAACCAUAUGUGUGUUUGUAUUGCGGGAAAAGUUUCAGUCAGAAUUCUAACCUGGUGGUACACCAGAGAAUUCACACGGGAGAGAAACCGUAUCAGGCUUCAGAUUGUGGAAAAUGUUUCAAGUGCAAUUCUGAUCCGGUGAUACACCAAAGAAUUCACGCAGGUGAAAAACCAUAUGAGUGUUUGCAGUGUGGGAAAAGUUUCGAUCAAAAUUCUAACCUUGUGCGACAUCAGAGGACUCACACAGGAGAGAAACCAUUUAAGUGUCAAGAUUGUGGGAAAUGUUUCAGUUUGAAUUCUUUUCUCAUGGAACAUCAGAGGACUCACACAGGAGAGAAACCAUAUGAGUGUCCUGAUUGUGGGAAAGGUUUUUCUCGGAAAUCUAGCCUGGCGAAACAUCAAAAAUUUCACAUGGGAGAGAAACCAUAUGACUGUCAGUUUUGUGGGAAAGGUUUCAUUUGGAAUUCUCUCCUGGUGGAACAUCAGAGGAUUCACACAGGAGAGAAACCAUUUGAGUGUCCGGAUUGUAGGAAAAGUUUUUCUUGGAAAUCUGACCUGUUGAAACACCAGAGGAUUCACAUCGGAGAGAACCUGUACGAGUGUUCAGAUUGUGGAAAAGGUUUCAAGUCUAAUUCUCAUCUGGUGACACACCAAAGGAUUCACACAGGUGAAAAACCAUAUGAGUGUCUGCAGUGUGGAAAAAGUUUCAUUCAAAAUUCCCUCCUUGUACGACAUCAGAGGACUCACAUGAAAGAGAAACCGUAUGAGUGUUCAGAAUGUGGGAAAGGUUUCAGUUGCAAUUCCGACCUAGUGAAACAUCAAAGGACUCACUCUGGAGAAAAACCAUAUCUGUGUCCAAAUUGUGGGAAAAGUUUCAGUUGGAACUCUGACUUGGUGAAACAUAUGAGGAUUCACACAGGAGAAAAACCGUAUAAAUGUCCAGAUUGUGGGAAAGAUUUCAGAACUAGCUCUAGUCUUAUAAAUCAUGUAAGGUUACACAUAGGGGAGUAACCAUUCAAAUGGCCAGGUUGCAGACAGUGUUUCACACACUUCUUCUCCCUCAUCAUGCACAAGAAAUUCCACAAGAGGCAGAAUUUGAUGUGUGUACAAGAAUUUUUAAUUGGGUUUCUUGACUUUCAUUGAUAACCCAGCUGAACCAUUAAUCAUUUAAUUACUUGCAUUACUUUUUACUGAAACUUGUCUUAGUGUAAAACGAGAGUAGAGAUAAGUGCUUUUAAUAGAAUAAGAAUUAUGUGAAUAGAACAGAAUAAGAAUUUAGAAUAGAAUAGAAUAGACUGUAUGUCAUCUAGUCCAGCAGUCAUCAACCAGUGGUCCACGAGAAAAUUUUGGUGGUCCGUAGAAAAAUUAUUUGCAUUUUUUAUAUUGCACUAAAUCAGGGGUCCUCAAACUAUGGCCACUGGGCCAGAUACGUGCAAUAAAAGUUUCUGUUGCUGCA